UGUUGUAUUUAUGAAAUAUUGCUCAAAUAAUAGGAUGUCAACUUUCUAGGUCUCUGGUAUUUUUAAAACAUGUUUUAAUAUACAAAUUGUCUUGAUGCAGAUAAGUUUAUCGCCUAGACCUUCUUUAAUAGUAAUCCAAUCAUUUAAACCUGCACCCUGAAUGAGUUUAUCUUCCUCACCUUAGGUUCACUAACAUUUGCAUGCAAGUGCUCUAUACUGUGUGUGUGUUUGUGUGUGAGUAGUUGAUGAUAAAUAUACAGUUUACUUGAUGUCAGGUGUAUUUUUCCUGAACCACCUACUCAUGUCCUCCGGUUGUCUAGCUUUUCAAGUCAGAGGGCCUUAUUUGGUGUUAGUUCACUAUGGUGCAUCAGUGUUUCCCCUAUAUGCAUUUAGCAGCAGCACAAUGCCGCUGCUAAACCAUGGCCACCACUGCAAAAAAAUAUAUUUAAAUGACUAAAACCAGGAAUAUAGAAACGAUAAUGGAGCAAUAUAUUUUUGAAAUAAAAAUUGCCAAAAUAAAAAUGAGACGGUAUCUAAAAUUCCUAAAUGUCAUGACAUAGGUCCCCCUUUGAUUUUGUGUUUGAGUCGUUUAGAUAAAUUAAGAACAAUGCAUAAGCCCUGGCAAAAUGUGUAGAAUUGCAGGAAAUGAGCUUUAAACCUGUAAAAUGUUCAUGGCAAAAUGUGUAGAAUUGCAGUAAACUUGCUUUAGAACAGCUACAGUUUCUCUGUGGCUGAGAGGAGGGCCUCUAAAAUUUGCCAUUUGCCAUGCCCACUACCCCCACACGCUAACUUUGCCACCGCUGUUGGAAAAAAAUACUAGGGGAAACACUGCAUAGCAUAUUAAAAUCGAAAAACCAUUACUUUGAUACUUUUUUUUAAAGCCCAUGUCUAUUUUGAUGGUAAUGUCCUUAUCUGCUUUUCAGCCUAAAACACAGAUUUCUUGCGAAACAGGUCAGUUAUAUCUGUAAGUACCCAUUCCCUUAUCAUAGUGUGGCUGUAUCUUGCACCGGAUGUACCGUUUUAGUAGUAACUAGUUAUUGAAUCUGAAAUAAUGCAUUUCGGGAGUUUUUCCAAGAUUUGUAUGUAUUGUAGAGUUAUUCUAAAGUACUUGCUCAAGCUUUGUUAGACCAUUUGGUUGCAUACAAAUGUAAUGAAUGUUGAAUGCUGUGGUGUGCCAUUGUUGCCUCUUUCUGUCUGGUGGUGAAGGGGGCUGUUCGGUGGAAACUGGACACAUUUUUAUCCCACUCAUUUGGAACAGGACACAUCUGAAGCAGCAUGUAAGAGGACCACUAGAUGGUCUUGUUGGGUCGUGAACUUGACUUCCUCAAAUAACUGUUUCCAAUAUCUCCCACGACAUUACAGUGAAUAGUUAGUCUUGCGGUGUUUGGCUGCUGCUCAUCACACAUACAGUGUUGGUGUUCUGUGAUAUGGAAUUCUUGGAGAGAACGCAGGGUGACUCUGUAGAGUUCUACUGUAUCUCUGAGUUCAAUGCCUCCAGGCCCAUUGGGCUCUACCUGAAACGCAAGUGGCUGCAGCCCAACCAAGAGGUCCUGUUCAUGUAUACUGAACAAAAGCCUUCGUUUUACGAUGACGUCAAAGAGCGCAUCCAUGUCACGGGAGACCCGAGUACUCACCGGGUCAACGUGACCAUCAACCAGCUGAACGGAACAGACACAGACCUCUACUACUGCGAGUUUGUCUUCCCCGAUGCCUCCAGCGUCGAUCAAAAGAUUCCAAGCAAUAUGGAGUUCUUUCUGUACGUCGACAAUGUUGGUGAGUAUUCUUUAUGGAUUCCUUAAUUUAUUUCCUUUUUUAUGUUUCUUGAUGCGAAUGGAGUUGUUGACACCAUGAUGUGUGUCAAACAGUCACAGUAGCCUGCGUGGUUUCCAUUUUUUUGGUAAUGACUCCAGACGCCACAGCUGAGCCACGCUGUUCAUGUUAUGCAUCCUGCCACUGCUUCCUCCUUAGAAUAGCCCUGGCUCUAGCAACAUACUCUCCUCUACCCCGUCCACAAAGCCAGUCAUACUAGUGUUUGUUACCCAUCUGGAGAAAAUGUCCCAGACAAUAAGAUGGAUGUAGGCCUGAUAGAGACGUGCGCCGGGGGGUCAGCUGUCCUCCCCUGCCUCGCCCCCUACMGUUCCCCCUCGGCCAUGGAAGGGGUAUGCCUGAAGAGACGGUGUGGCCGGGCUCCAGUGGAGGUGCUGUUCCACUCAAAGCGUCCCUUUUCCUCCGCAUCGUUCCCCCCAGAAGAGAGGCUUCACCUGGGCACGGGGCUGGGCGGCCUGGCCUACAACCUCACCCUGCUAAAGAUGCAGCCGGAAGAGAGCGCCUUUUACAGCUGUGAGCUACUGCUCCCCGGCAGGCCCGACAACAGUGCCAGGCUAGGGAGACACGUGUACUUUGUGUCUGUGCAAGAUGUUACUUGUAGCUGUGCAGGUUAUGCUCCACUGCUCUAUGCCCUUUCUGCUGCUGUGGGGCUGCUACUCAUCUUCCUUAUGGCCCUGGGAGUGGCUCAUUAUGGUAAGACCCGAGGCGACCGUGUCAAACCGCAGCCCCACCAGGUCUCCAUCUACGAGGAGAUGGUCGGGGUGCGGCCCCCCAACCGGAAUGGAAAAGUGUCCCCCUCUUACCACCCGAGGCCCCCCUUUCAUCUGGAGGAAAAGGAUGCUUCCGCCUAUGACACCCCCCCUCUGAGGUCUCGACAGGAAAACCACUAUGAGAGGCCUGAAGGGGUACCGCUAGUAUCUGAAACUGUUGGGGAGAUGUGAGGAACGAGGUUGGCACUAUCUCGCCAACACUGUGUUUAACUAUUCAUUUAUAAACUGGAGUCUGAACUAUAACUACAACUUACUCACAUAACUUUCAAUUUGGACAACCAACAUCCACCUUAGCCCACCUAACUUAGUUUGUUGUACUGUAAAUGCUGGCAGCUGAAUGUUGUAGCUUUGCUUUUUUUAAAGGAAUGGUAUUCAAUUUUUUUUUUUAUAAACAAGAAAGUGUAA